AUGGUCAAUGGUAAUAUGUGUCUUAACAAGAAGCAAGUAAGCAAGAUUGCAUCACUCCAACAUUACAUUCCUCAUGAUUUUGAUGCAAGUGAUCAUGGAACUUCUAGUUUUCCUGUUACUUCUGUUCAUAGGAUCGGAAUUUUAGAUGUGCGCAUCUUAAAUACAGACAGACACGCAGGAAAUCUUCUCGUCAAGAAGCUUGACGGGCUUGGAAGGUUUGACCGGGUUGAGCUUUUUCCUAUUGAUCAUGGUCUUUGUCUACCUGAAAAUCUGGAAGAUCCUUAUUUUGAAUGGAUCCAUUGGCCUCAAGCUUCAAUUCCUUUCUCUGACGAUGAGCUGAAGUACAUAUCUCGACUAGAUCCAUUUCGUGAUUCAGAAAUGCUUAGAAUGGAGCUUCCAAUGAUUCGAGAAGCAUGCUUGCGAGUUUUGAUUCUUUGUACUUUGUUCCUCAAAGAAGCAGCAGCCUUUGGUCUUUGUCUAGCUGAGAUCGGCGAUAUGAUGAGUAGAGAAUUUCACUGUCACGAUGAAGAACCUAGUGAGCUUGAGCUUAUAUGUAUUGAGGCGAAGAAGCUAUUAGAUCAUGAAGAUUUAUCAUCUUUUGAGACAAAAGUAGGAGACAAAGAUGCGACCCUUUUUCAGUUAGAUUGCGAGGAUCCGGAUUCUGAUUUAGUCUUAAAUAUAGAAGAGAAUCCAACAUCAGUGUUAUUACCAUCUCAAUUCCGAAUGAAAAACGGAAACUGUAGAACUAAACUUUCUAAACUAGAAGAGAGUGUAAUGGAGGAGGAAGAAGGCGAUAUUUCAAAGCUAUCUGUGUUGGUGAAAAACGCGGCUAUCAAUGAAAAAUCUUGGCAGUUUUCGGGUGAGAAACAAAGAAGCGACUCUUCGAUUGCGAGUUCUUCUUCGGUUGCGAGUUCUUCUGGAGAUAAUAGUGUGAAUGAUUUGGUGAAAAAUUCAUGUUUUGUGAACCUGACAGAUAUGGAUGAAGAGAAGUGGAACCAGUUUCUUGAGAAUUUUCAAAGGUUAUUAAUCCCAGCUUUUGUUAAUAGUAAAGAAAAGAAGAUGAAGAGGCAGAGACAGAGGCUUGGAACCUCAUGCAAGUUUUAG